AUGGGCAGUGGAGCCAGUUCUGAGAGCAAGGAAUCAGCCAAGAGAUCCAGAGAACUGGAGAAGAAACUCCAGGCAGAUGCAGAGAGGGAAGCAAGGACAGUCAAACUACUACUGCUGGGUGCUGGAGAGUCAGGAAAGAGCACUAUUGUAAAACAAAUGAAGAUUAUCCAUAAAGAUGGUUUCACAUACCAGGAACGCAUGGAGCUCAGACCUGUCAUUUACAGUAACACAGUGCAAUCUAUCCUGUCUAUUGUGAAAGCAAUGACAAAGCUAGGAAUCAGUUAUGAAAACCCAGCUAGAAUUGAAGACGAAAAGAAACUGUGUGCCAUGGCAACAGCUCUCGAGGAUGUUGACAUGUCUUCUGAAUUGGCUGAAAUCAUCAAACAUCUGUGGAGAGACGGUGGGACCCAGGCCUGCUUUGCCAGGGCAGCAGAGUACCAGCUGAAUGACUCGGCAGCCUAUUACCUCAAUGAUUUGGAUAGGUUAGCAAUGGCAGACUACGUGCCUAGUGAGCAAGAUGUUUUGCACUCCCGAGUGAAAACAACUGGGAUUAUAGAGACUCAGUUUUCUUUCAAGGAUUUGAACUUCAGGAUGUUUGAUGUGGGUGGACAACGAUCAGAGAGAAAGAAGUGGAUUCACUGCUUUGAGGGAGUUACUUGCAUCAUAUUCUGUGCUGCACUCAGUGCCUAUGACAUGGUUCUGGUGGAAGAUAAAGAAGUGAAUAGAAUGCAUGAAAGCCUUCAGCUGUUCAACAGCAUCUGCAACCACAAGUGUUUUGCAGCUACUUCCAUUGUGCUAUUUCUAAACAAAAAAGACCUCUUCAAAGAGAAAAUAGCAAAAGUUCAUCUGAAUAUCUGCUUUCCUGAGUACAAUGGCCUAAAUACAUUUGAAGAUGCUGGAAAUUACAUCAAGAAACAAUUCCUAGACUUAAACAUUAGGAAAGAAGAUAAGGAGAUAUAUUGUCACUUGACGUGUGCAACAGACACCCAGAAUGUCAAAUUCGUAUUUGAUGCAGUCACAGACAUAAUAAUCAAAGAAAAUCUGAAAGACUGUGGGCUUUUCUAG